AUGUUGGACCUGAAUGACUUUGUCACUGAGCGGGGUGGUGACCCCAAGAAGAUUAAGGAGAGUCAGCGCAAGCGUUUCGCUCCAGAGGAGGUUGUUGACGAGGUGAUUGCACUGUACGAAGAUGCCCGCAAAGCCCGAUAUGCCGUGACUCAAGUCGGUUCCGAGCUCAAUGCCCUUAUGAAGCAGAUUGGUAUGAAGAAGAAGAACAAAGAGGAUGCAAGCGACCUGAUUAGCCAGAAGGCGGAUCUCGACAAGAAGAAGAAGGAGGCCGAGGAUGCCGCAGCUGCUAAGGAACUUGAGCGUGACCGCAAGAUUCGCUCUAUUGGUAACUACGUUCACGAGUCUGUCCCCGUCAGCAACAACGAGGAUGACAACCAGAUCAUCAAGACCUGGACACCCACCGAUGCUGCCAUGCAGCGCGAGAACUGUCUCUCCCACCACGAAGUUCUGACCCGUCUGGACGGUUACGACCCCGAGCGUGGUGUGAAGAUUGUUGGUCACCGUGGAUACUGCUUGACUGGCUACGGUCUUUUCCUCAACCUGGCUCUUGUCAACUACGGCUUGGAGUUCCUCUUCAACAAGGGUUACAAGCCUAACCAGCCUCCUCAGUUCAUGCUGAAGGAGCUUAUGGCCAAGACCGCCCAACUGGAGCAGUUUGACGAGGAGCUGUACAAGGUUACUGAGAGCGAGGACAAGUCCACAGACAAGUACCUUAUUGCUACCUCAGAGCAGCCUCUGUCUGCGCUCCAUGAUAGCGAGUGGCUGCAGGACAGCGAGCUUCCCAUCAAGUAUGCUGGUUACAGUACCUGCUACCGUAAGGAAGCUGGUGCUCACGGUAAGGAUGCCUGGGGUAUCUUCCGUGUUCACCAAUUUGAGAAGAUCGAGCAAUUUGUUUUGACAAAGCCCGAGGACUCAUGGCAAGCAUUCGAGGACAUGAUGGCCACCUCAGAGGAGUUCUACAAGUCCCUCGGUCUCCCCUACCAAGUUGUCGCCAUCGUUUCCGGUGCCCUGAACAACGCGGCUGCCAAGAAGUACGACCUGGAGGCUUGGUUCCCCUUCCAGCAAGAGUACAAGGAGCUGGUCUCAUGCUCCAACUGCCUUGACUACCAGUCCCGUGCUCUUGAGAUCCGCUACGGUGUGAAGAAGGCCACCGACCUGAAGAAGACCUAUGUUCACGCUCUUAACGCUACUCUGUGUGCUACUGAGCGCACUCUUUGCUGCGUUCUCGAGAACUACCAGCGCGAAGAUGGUAUCGAGGUUCCCGAGGUUCUCCGGAAAUACAUUCCUGGUAACCCCGAGUUCCUCCCAUACACCAAGGAACUCCCCAAGGACUCCACCUCGCAGAAGAAGGCCAAGCAGGGUAAGGGAGCUGAUGAUGCUGCCAAGAAGAUGCAGGGUCUCAAGGUUUAA